AUGAAGGGGUUCUUCAUCGCUAAGAAUAGCAUGAAUCGAAAGCCGAAGAAGAGCAAAAAUGUGUUAACACGGCAGAGAAGCUACACUUUGUCACCAGAACAAAACUGCCGGCAGGUGGGCUCGAUCCAGAGCUUUGCGAAUCGCGAUAGCCACCAUUUUGAUAAGUACAUCAAAAAUGCGUUGACCACGCGGCCGAGGAGACUGAGCGAACUGGACUCGAACACCGGUACACCGAAUGACCGAUCGCAUCAAAUGUCGGCUCUUUCGCAAGUGAGGUUUACGGACAACUCCUUGGAUCGUUUCCGUCCUCGGAAUCAACGAGGGCAGCGUCCUCGCCUUCCAUCAAAGAACAGAGACUUCAUCUCUGCACAGUACAAGAGCACUCAAGCGCUGCAGAGGCCGAGGAGUCUCUCGAACUCGGAAAGGCCCGAGAAGAUGAGGAAGCUGAUAUCUGCGCCGAUGGUUGUCGGACAGCACGGUCGAGAGCGCGAGACUUUAGACGAGUCGACCCGAGAGAGCUUGCCAAAACGAAAGUCAAAUGCAACUGUCACUUCUGACCAAUCUAACCGUUCUGUCACCAGCAUCAGACAAAUUUUACAUCGACUCUGUCCCUCGCUUCGCUAA